GAAAACACACGUGACCGAAAGAAACGAACAAAUUGCUAGUAUUCACAGCACGGUCAGACUGUUUAUGUGUUUACAUGUCUAUUUUCUCUUCUGCUUUUACCCACGGGGGGAAAUAUCACGUUCUUUGAAAGGGAUUCAUCAAGGAAGGCAUAUCUUCAGAACAUUGACCAACAAUGGACCAGUCCUCUCGAUAAUUUUUUAAAAGGGUUUUAGGAAUAAAAAAGAUAUGAAAUAUUUCCUUCUAUCUAUUUAUUUGAUGUUGCAGUGUUUUUAUGCCCUGUGUAACCUCCCUGCUCCGGUCAAUGUUACCAUCGAUUCUCUCAACUUCCACCAUGUUCUCCGCUGGAUCCCUGGGCCAGGCACACCACCCGGGACCAUGUACAAGAUCUUACACAGAGAAAACAACAUGACCCUACAGCUACAGCAUCAAACCAACAUGACAAAUCAGAAGCUGGAUCUGAAGUACCCCAAAGAAGAAUACAGAUUGUGUGUUCAGGCUUCCCACGAGCUCUUAGAGUCGCCCCUGACCGUGAUCACCUUCACCCCCUACACACAGACUGUUAUUGGUCCUCCGACAUUGUCUUUGGAUGGAUGUGGCAAUUGUCUGGUAAUCAACAUCACACUGCCUGAGAUGGAAACCAUUCAAAAUGUCUAUGGGAGCACCGUAUCCUUUCAGAUCGACUGGAAGAGCGCAGGAGAGACUCGGAUCAAAGAGACCCGUACAACUCAUUUAAGUUAUAUGCUGGAGAACUUGAAUGUGGGCACAGAGUACUGUGUGAGGGUGCAUACGAUGAUCAACACCAACCAAAAAACACAGCUUUCUGAGUGGAAGUGUGCACACACCAGUAUUGUGGAGGCUAACAGAGUCCCUGCUGUUGUAGCUGGGGUGUCGGUUCUCCUCAUUGUGAGUGGGGCAGGCCUGAUGGUUCUCAUGUUUAUCUUGUUCUACACUGGGUUCUUGUGCAAGUUGAAGACCCAUCUGCCUAGAUCACUGACUGCCCUGGUUGAGGGCUACCUAGUCACCCCAGAGAGAACAGUUCCUGACCUGGUCUCCAUAUCCUCUGAGCCAGAGCAACAAGGGAAGGCCCUCACAACAAAAGCACACCACAACAGAGAGAACUCGAACCGAGCAGGGGAGGAAGAGGAGGAGGAUGAAGAGGAGGAGGGGGGAAACGGCGCGGUCUACAUGGACCGCGAUGCGGGGCUCUCCUUUGAUAGCAGCUCCAGCACCAUACAGUCCCAGGAAGCAUCAGGGGCUAAUGUUGCCCUUCUUAACGUAGCAGGGCAUUCUGGGGGGUUGAGUUUUGAGACAGCAGCUGAGGAGGAAGAGGAAGUUCCUGUGGGAGUGGUGGUGCUUGGAGGUCAGGGUCAGAGCGAGGUCAAAGGUGAACUAACGAAGGUCAUUUCCAGUCUAGACGGUGAUCAACCCAGACCUCUGGGACUUGUAGGGUUGGGUGGAGAGGAGGAGAAAGAGAUGAGGGAGGUGGAGAAAGAGAUGAGGGAGGAGACCUCUGGUAACGUCAAUCUGUUCUCUGUGACUCUGGGGGCUUUAAAGAGGGAGGAGGAGGAGGAGGAGCAUGAGACCGAUGUUUUAUUAGGCUGUUCCAAACAGGAGCAGAAGCCUCUACUUCCCAUAGACUCCUUACAGAGGACAUUAGGACUGGACAGCAUGGGAUCACAGGGUGAGAUACAGGAAGAUACAGGCCUAGUACUGUCACGGGCAGACUGCACACACAAAUACUUUGAAUAUUCAGAUAGACAUGCUGUCAGCUGUACAAAGACAUACUCUGACUGCCUGGUAACGCACACUGGCACUGUGCAGUCUCCCAAUGAGACAGAGGAGGAGGAGGAAGAAGACUUCUCAGGCUAUAUGGGACAUUGAUGCGUGCGUGUGUAGCGUUGUUCGUUCUGCGGUGUGUACUUUUAAUUAGGACGCUGCCACAACUGAAGGUCUGCUGGUUGAAUUAUUUUUAUUUGCCCUGCACACGAAGAGACAACACACAUUAUGUUAACCCUUGGCGCAGUCCUAGCUCUCAGGCACCUGCACAUGAAGAGACAACACACAUUAUGUUAACCCUUGGCACAGUCCUAGCUCUCAGGCACCUGCACAUGAAGAGACAACACACAUUAUGUUAACCAUUGGCGCAGUCCUAGCUCUCAGGCACCUGCACAUGAAGAGACAACACACAUUAUGUUAACCAUUGGCGCAGUCCUAGCUCUCAGGCACCUGCACACGAAGAGACAACACACAUUAUGUUAACCCUUGGCACAGUCCUAGCUCUCAGGCACCUGCACAUGAAGAGACAACACACAUUAUGUUAACCCUUGGCACAGUCAUAGCUCUCAGGCACCUUGCUAGCCGAAGGUCAGGCAAAAGAGAACAAUAAGGGGGUAUGGAAAUACAGAUAACCCGUGAUGGACCAAACCAAAAUAUACAAAACUUUUACAAUCACAUGUACAAUAUUGAUAUGAAAAAGUGUUUGUACACCAAAGAAAAACAUUAGCUUAAAAAAUUUUAAAAAAAUUUAAAUUUACAUUUAAAAAAAUACACUGAAUUAUUAUUAUCAAAUGAUUAACAUCCCCCUCAGUGACCUGGCCUAUUUGAAUUGGUCAUUGUGUGCAACUUGGUGCAUAAUCUAGGGGAACAACAUCACACUGCUACACAUGCGUGCCGUGUAGGCCUACAGUGUAAGUGUCUUAGCCGAUAAUUGCACAGAUAUUCCACUUGGUUGGAUAGGCCUUCUAUCACAUCCAUUCCUUCCCAAAUAUUGUCUUCUGUUGAGAAAGUGUGUAAAACAGAGGUAUUCACACUUUCACGAUCCUCACCCUAAAAACGAAUGACCGCCUUAAAAUGGCUCUACGUGUUAUCAGGAUUCUGUUCAUUCAGAUACACUUGAUUUUUGAAAUGAUGUUUCUCAAAAACGUUUGUAUAUUGUCCCAUACUAUAGCAUGUACUAUUAAUUUGUAUUUUUUGUUGUUAUUUGGUGACAUUAAUGCAGUUCCUCCACCCCGACUUUGAAUACCACUGAUGUGUCCGUUUCAUUCAUUGUAAUGUACGUGCAAUUUUAUGAAAGAAGAAUUAGAGCUCAAUGAUCAAAUCGUGACCCGGUUUUUGUGUAGAAUGUGUUUUUUUUAGGCUAUUGUUUGUAAAAGUUAUUAUGUGGGAAAUUCCUUGAUACGUCGAGACUUGUGUGUCAUGUUAAAGUACACUGCUCUCUAAAAAAAGAAAUGCUUAGUGUGAAACAAUGUCCCCCAGGAAAAGCCAAUCCGUUCUUAUAAAGAUCUGUGGUUGGUUGCUCAACAUUGUCGUCAUUUCCAGCAGCAGCGUUGUUAUGCCGCGUUCAAAACAACUGGGAACUCGGAAAAAUACGAGGUCGAUGAUCUUCAUGGGAGAAAAUCUGAUCUCUAGAAAGAGGCCCGAGAUUCCGAGUUGGAUGACGGUUCGAAAUUAUUUUCCCAACCGUAACUCGUUUUUUUAACGCCUGUAAAUCGGAGAUUUCCGAGUUCCCAGUUGAUUUGAACGCGGCAAAAACCUUUUUGUAUUUCUACAAGCUGGCAAGGCAGCAGUUACGGAAAGCACCCCAAUUGUGGCAAAGGACUGGCUCUUCUUGUUUGACUUUCUGUUGCCAACCAGGCAGAAAUGUGAAAUGUCAUCUCAUAACGGUAGCUAUGUUUUAUUGUAAUUGCAUUAUGCUUGGUGUUGUCAAAGGAUAUCCACCGUUUGGCCUAGGCUUUGUUAGCGAUAAGCUAACGGAAUCAUGGCAUUAGUGGAACCGACAGCUAACUUGUUUUACUAGCGGUUAUCGUGUUUUGUUCUUACUAUCUCUCUGCACGUUUAUUUUGGUAAUGUUGAUGUAGCUAGUUGGCAGGGGUGUAAAACAUACUUUAAGUACCACUUAACGUUACCCCCUUAAAACUACUUAUCUGCUUUACUAUUUUAUAUUUUUUGACUACUUUUACUUCACUACAUUCCUAAAGAAAAUGAUGUAAAAUUUUUUACUCCAUACAGUUUAACCCUGACAACCCAAAAGUACAUGUUACAUUUUGAAUGCUUAGCCAGGACAGGAAAAUGGUCCAAUUCACGCAUCCCUGGUCCUCCCGCCUCUGAUCUGAGGACUCACUAAACACAAAUGAUUCAGUUUGUAAAUUAUGUCUGGGUGUUGGAGUGUUCCCCUGACGAUCCGUAAAUAAAAACUAUACAUUUA